CGUCGUCGUCGUCGUCGUCGUCGUUUCCGCCAGUCCGCCCGGCACACUCCGGCACGGUCCGACGCUGAUUUUUUCGCCGCUCUCGCAUAGUCCCGCAACAAUAAUAUAUAGUUGUAUUUUAAUCUGCGGACCGUCCCUCGGGGGAAGAAAAAAAAAAUUCCCAAAGCUCUCUAAAAAAAAAGUUUUUACCACGGUGCCCGGAUACCUAUAUCGUGGUGUUUAUCUUCGUUUCGCCGUUGAAAAUAUCGUAAUUAUUACACGUUUAUAUCUCACGCGAUCGUGUGCGACCCGAGGAUAUCAUAAUAUUAUAUACGCAUAAAGUUUGAAAAUAAUACAUUACGAUCAGACGAUGAUCCCGUAGCACGCUCGCCUGCACCAUUGUCAACUCGCGUGCGAUCAGCCAUACUUACGACACGUUAAUAUUGUUUGAUGGUGUGUUAGACGAGCGCGAUUACGCGUUCCAUACCGGUAAAAGGCCGCCCUCGCGCGAUGGGGGCCGGAAAAAUGCGUAGGAAAGUCAAGCUGCUAUUGAUUUUCCUGGCGUCCUGGAUGUUUGUGGUCGUGUACUUGAUACAGUCCGGUUCAAGGGACACAAAGCAGCCAGAAGAGAAUAGAGCGUUACGGCUGAAAAACGACCGAUACGGUUUAAUGUCUGUCGACGAUCCGUCGAUCUACAGGCACGUAGAUAGCUCGCCAAGUUCUCUGACCGAUGGCCAGGCAGAACUCUUUACGCCUUUUUCGACAUUAAGCAGUUACCUGGACGAGGUUGCGUACGUGGCCGCUGGUGGUCUCAGACACGGAGACGAUGCGUAUUCACGUAACAAAUUCAAUCAAUUGGCGAGCGAUAGCCUGCGAAGCAACCGGCCAGUGCCUGACACUAGAAACGCAAAAUGUUUAACAAAGAAAUAUCGCAUUGAUCUACCUCAGACAAGUGUCAUCAUCACCUUUCAUAACGAAGCCAGGUCUACUCUUUUGAGAACAGUUGUCAGCGUUUUAAAUAGAAGUCCCGAACAUUUAAUAAAAGAAAUAAUUCUAGUGGACGAUUUCAGCGAUGACAGUACUGAUGGACAAGAAUUAUCAAAAAUACAAAAAGUGAAGCUUAUCAGAAAUGAACAAAGAGAAGGGUUAAUGAGAUCUAGAGUUCGCGGCUCAGAAAUUGCGACGGCACCAGUGCUUACAUUUUUGGACAGUCAUGUAGAGUGUAACGUGAAUUGGCUUGAACCACUUUUAGACCGUGUAGCGGAAGACCCGACUAGGGUGGUGUGCCCAAUUAUCGACGUCAUAAAUAUGGAUAACUUCCAAUAUAUAGGAGCUUCGUCAGAACUAAGAGGUGGAUUUGAUUGGAAUUUAGUGUUUAAAUGGGAGUAUUUGUCAAAAGAAGUCAGAGCUCAACGUCAAAAAGAUCCAACUUUACCAAUCAGAACACCGAUGAUUGCUGGCGGUUUAUUCGUGAUGGACAAAGAUUAUUUCGUAAAACUUGGAACAUAUGACAAGGAAAUGAACAUUUGGGGUGGUGAAAAUUUGGAAAUAUCGUUCAGGGUGUGGCAAUGUGGUGGUAGCUUGGAAAUCAUCCCUUGCUCGCGAGUGGGGCAUGUGUUCCGGAAGAGACAUCCUUAUACGUUUCCGGGAGGCAGUGGCAAUGUUUUCGCCCACAACACUCGUCGAGCAGCUGAAGUAUGGAUGGACCGUUAUAAGCGAUACUAUUACAAUGCCGUGCCACUAUCUAGAAUCGUUCCAUUUGGAAACAUAGCAGAUCGAUUGGCGUUGAAGAAAAAUCUCGGCUGUAAACCGUUUAAAUGGUAUUUGGAUAACGUUUAUCCGGAACUUAAAUUGCCAGCGACUGUGGACGAAUUCGUGGGCAGUAUUAGACAGGGCUACAUGUGCUUGGAUACAUUAGAAAACCAAGUUGGAAAAACGGCAGGCAUCUUUCCUUGCCACGAUUACGGUGGCAAUCAAGAAUGGACAUUUACAGUAGGUGGAUCGAUUAAACAUGAUACAAUGUGUUUAUCUCCGACAGAUUAUUCAUCCAUGAGCUUAAUAAUUAUGAAACCCUGCGAUUCAACAACCGACGAAUGGAAAUACGACGAAAACACUAAACAGCUAAGGCUUAAAGUCGUUAACCUAUGUUUGGACACGCUUGGAGUACACGACAUGAUAAGUAUAAACGUAUGCGAUAGUCUCAAUUCAAAUCAGAAAUGGGAAUACUUGGUUGCAGCAGGAAUCGAUAAUAAAGUUUAAGUCCUACAAAAUGGUAACCAAUAGACAGAAAUACAGAAUAAUAUAAUAUAUGUUUAUUGAUUUCCGAAAUCAAAAGUAAAAACUACUUAAACGAGAAUCCAAAGGUCAACUUUUUUUAUAGUUUUAUACAUUACA